UUUUGUGUAGUGUGUGUCUCUCUCUAAAACCCAUUUCCAGACCAAUACAUAAUACACUAUUCUAGUGAGAGAAAGACACACUGUGUUUAUGUGUGUGUGUGUGUGUAGCAUAAUAACAUAAAAAAAUAAAAAAAACACAACAAAUAGUAAUAAGAAGAUAUGUUAUUACAAACAACAACAACACACUCAUCCUCCUGUUCUACCAUUUUCUUGUCUUUUUAGAAGAUAAUGAAUAGUGCUCUUUACACCUUCUUCUCACAAGAAGAUGGUCUCUCCCCAAAAUCCUUUUAUCUUUGAUAAUUUCCUUUUCUGUGAUGAACAAGAAAACUUUGAUUUUAGCUCAUCAAAUCAUCAUUAUUCUCAAAUCUUGAAUGAUGAUAAUAAAGAUCCAACCUUUACACAACAAUACCUUUUAUGGGAUGAAGAUGAGCUUACUAGUCUUUUGUCCAAACAAAAAAGUGUUACACAUUUGGUUGUUUUUGAUGAUUUGAGACAAGAAUGUGUUGAUUGGAUGGUUAAGGUUUGUAGUCAUUAUGGUUUUGUUGCUAAAACCACCAUUUUGGCUGUUGAUUAUUUUGAUAGAUUUUUAAUCACUAGUUCUUUUCAAAAUGAUAAUAAUAAACCAUGGAUGUAUCAAUUAGUUGCUGUUGCUUCUUUGUCUUUAGCUGCUAAAGUUGAAGAGAUCCAAGCCCCCCUUUUGUUGGAUUUGCAAAUUGAAGGAACAAAGUUUGUGUUUGAGUCCAAGACUAUUAUGAAGAUGGAACUUUUGGUAUUGUCUUCUCUUGAAUGGAAGAUGAACCCUGUAACCCCUCUUUCGUUUUUCGACUACAUUAUGCGUAGGCUUAAUUUAAUGACUCAUAAUCUGCAAUACGAGUUCCUGCGAAGGUGCGAACGGAUUCUUUUAUCGGUUAUCAACGAUUCAAGGUUUCAGGGGUUUCUUCCAUCUGUGAUGGCUGCUUCUAUAAUGUGCAUUGUUAGUAAGGAGAUUGAGCCCGAUAACGUGUUAGAUUAUCAGAAUCAGCUUAUGCGGCUUCUCGAUAUAUCUGAGGAAAACUUAGCGGUGUGUUCCAAAUUCAUCACAGAUGUAUCACAUAAUCAUGGAAGUUGCUACUUCCCAACUCACAAACGGAGAUACUCUUCGGUUCCUGGAAGCCCAAGUGGUGUAGUUGAUGCGUAUUUCAGCAGUGAUAACUCCAACAACUCAUGGGCAAUUGCAUCAUCAGUGUCAUCAUCACCAGAACCUCCAUUCAAGAAGAACCGAGCUCUAGAGCAGCAAAUGAGAUUGACUCCAGCCAAUCGUGUAUCCAUCAGCGUUCUUAGCAACCCUCAUUGAGCAUCCGUUAAUCUGCUAUCUUUUAGUAUGGUAUUUAUUUUACAAUCUCUUUCUUCGGAUAUUUAUUUUAUCAGAGUAUGUUGUUAUGGUGCAAUUACAUUGUUACCCUUAAUCUAAAGCUCUGUUCUGGUCAAACCUAUGUGAUGGAAAAACACAUAUUCUACAAUACAUUUGCUUCAACUA